UGUCAAUACCUUGCUUAACAUGUUUUUCUCUAAAAAAAACUUUUUAAUUUGACAAAAGAAAUCGAAGUUGUCAAAUAUGAAGUGGUGUUGAAACACAAGCAUUCUAGAAGCAGAAUACAGUCUACAAUAAACCAGUGGAUUUCAGAUUAAAGAUUGCAACGGUAUGACCAGUGGCUUGGCUGCCAGUGAGGCUGCUAGCAUGGAGGCGGCUGACACAUCUCAGUCACACAGAACAGUAUUUACGAUACCUGGACUUUGAUUUUACACAUCCCAAAAUGAUACUUUGCUCUAUAAAACUUUUUCAAAAACUUUACCUCCAAAAUUCUAAUGUAAAUGAAUAAAAAUGAGAAUAAGAUGAGCCAAGAAUAAGUAAAGUGUAAAACUCUGAGCAGGCUUUGGCAACUUUCAUUGGUUCAUUCAGAUGACCUUUGCCCAGCAGCUAUCUCUGAUCUGCUCCUCUGCUUAUCUCCUGUUGCAUUCUAUCAAACCGCUCUUUUCCUCCUUUAUUAUUUGAUGAGGUCAUAAAAUCCUUCUGCUCUGUUGCAUUCAAACGUAUUGUCCAGGUUGUUGAAUGAAUGACCGGAACAGGUCAAAAGUAAUCAGAGUAAACUACUUCAGGCUUUCAGAGUGCUUUUAUGUUCAGUGUCAAGACAAAGGUUGUUAAAUGAUCAGUUCAUUUGCUCUUUAUGUUCCAAUGUCCAUUGAUUCAUUGUUGGGUUAAUGAAAUGUCCAAAAUAGUGAAAAAGGUUUCCAGAGCCCACGGUCCUGUAGAGAUUUAUGCUUGUUUACUUGAUUCAAUUUGUUCUUGUAAUGCGUCUUUAAUCAAUAGAAUCAUUUCUACUGCUAUCUACAGCUCACAUUAUGGAUCACAUGACAUGACCAUAUUCCUUUCAGUCCCAUCAUUUCUCUCUUUGUUCAUUGGAAGGACGACAUACAGUGAGAUUACAUAAAUCUAUUGUUCAUCAUGGAUCCAAAUAGUGACUCAAGUCCUUCACUAAUAGCUUGUUCUGUCCGACCAACAGUCCAAAACAAACAUAUUUACAGUCACAUAAGACAGAAAACAAGAACAGCAGCAACAACUCUGAAUAAGAAGUUGGAACUAGGAAAUGUUUUGCAUUAUUAUUAUUUGUCAAAUGGCUUGAAUAAAUGAUGAAUUGAUUACCAGAAUAGUUACUGAUGAAUUAUCUGUCUAAUGACUAAAAGACUAACUACUGCAGCUCAAUAUACCAGUAUACCUUUUCAGCCAAUGUAUCUGUCCCUUUGACAUCUUUGAUUCUUGGAGGUCACUAUGCAAAUCAAUGAGAAUAUUUGCCUCAUGGCAUAAUAGAUUUCUUUGUGAUGAUGUACCUCUGCUUUUAUUAUAAACCCGCUAUGUAACAAAAUAUGUGAACAUGUUGGUAUUAAAUCACAUAUUUCACACCUCUAGCUGAUGGACCACCAAUACGGUAGAAGCCUGUACCUCUCUUUUCAUCUGCUCCCCCUCACAUGAAUCAACCAGCACAGCAGAACAGCGGACAGGCCUGCAGGCCUUCGCUGUUCCACAGAUCAUGUCUGUUGACUGAGACAGACAGACAGAGGCAUCUGGGUGGAGUCAAGCAUUCCACAGUUGGAUACCAAACAUGCUGUCUGUCCCUUUAACAGGGCCUGUUAAAGGGAAAGGAGAAAACACAAGUGACAUCCAUGUUGUUUCUAAGGGACGUUAGAGCAUCACCUCCUGACUCCCUCCUUUGCUUCUUGUGUUUUUGUCCCUCUGCAGGUGAUCUCAGGCCUCUCUGUGAACCAGCCCCUCACCCACCCCUGCUGGCAAUGUCAUCGCCACCAGCAGAGCCCCCAGCCACCUCCCUGUCCCGAGUGUGGCCCUUUGCUGCCCUGGACUCCCUGUCCAUGUCUUCCCUCCUGUCUGGGGAUUUAGACAAUGAAGGUGAUGGAGGAAGAGGAGGAGGGGAGGAGGAUGGGCUCGGAGACCUAGAAGUGAACCCUUAUGACGGUUUGCCUUUUUCUUCGCGCUACUACGCCCUGCUGGAAGAGAGGCGGCAGUUUCCCAUCUGGAGGCUCAGGCAGAGUCUGCUGGAGCACCUGGAGAGCCACAACAUGCUGCUGCUCAGUGCAUCGAGUGGAGCUGGAAAAAGCACCCAGGUGCCACAGUGGUGUGUGGAGUAUGCUUUGUCCUAUGAGUUUUCUCAGGGCCUGGUGUGUUGUUCCCAGCCCUCUUCGGUGACGGCGGUGAGUCUGGCCCUUCGCGUGGCUGAUGAGAUGGACCUCAGUCUUGGUCUGGAGGUGGGCUACAGGGUGUCUCAUGAUGACAGCUGUACAACCGACACCCUGCUCAGGUUAGGCUGCAUGCAUAACAUCUUAUCAUUCUCCCAAGUGUUGGGUCUUGACUCUCAUCUUCAGUUGCACUGAUACAGCUACCAAUAACGAAAUGGAAAUCCAUUUCUCCCCAUUUAAAUCAUUCAGUCGAGGUAACAGAGCCAUCUGCAAAAUUCCACCUCGUCCGAAGGAAAAGAACCAAUCAGAGCUGUGCAGCCUCCAACGCAGCUGUCAAUCACUGCUUGUGAACUCAGAUCAAACUGUCAAAACAAGCAGUGCUGAUCAAAUAUAAAUCAAUAUUCUGUUACCGCAUUUCUCAAAUGUUGUCAUAAACAUAUUUCGUCACUAACGGGUCACAUAUGGGUCACAAACUCUCAUUUUACAGCAAAGCGAAAUAUGCUUCUUAAAAAGAAAGAGAAACUUGAUUCAUAUUUGAUCAUCGCUGCCUAGUUUGACAGUUUGACCAGAGUUCACGAGCCUCACAAGCAGUGAUUGACAGCUGUGUUAGAGAGUCCUUUUCUCUGAUUGGUUGUUUUCUACAGAUUCCAGGAGUGGCCAUUCAGAGAAACAAUAUGAAUUUUGAGGCCCAAAUUCUAAGUGGAGGGAUGUUGAGCACGGUCAAGCCACAUUUACUCACGGCACAUCUGACGGCUACAGUUUGUGCAACCAGCAUCAGACUGUUGUGAAACGAGCCUCUGUGCUUAUCUGCACAUCAAUCGUGUUGUUUUUUAUUGAUCACUCUUCGCGCUCUGCUUAUCUUUCACCUUUGUGUACACGAGGCUGGCUCCACAUCAGCAUUCCAACAAACAUGUAUUGUUAUCAUAAUCUUUAUCUUAAUUUCUUCUUCUGCAUACUUUCAGCUACAAAAAACGUUCAACUAUCAAAAUAUUCAGCUCUUUAAGGACAUGCCGGUUACCUCUUAUGCUUUUUGAAAUAUUAAGCUUUUCUUCAUUGAUUCUCUAUGGAGCAAAUCCUCUCAAACCUCCUCAACUUUGAAAGUCUUCUGCAUACUGUUACGUUCCUUUUCUGUUGGUCCAGGGGAGGAUUAGGGACCAACAUAAAACAAUCCAAAUGAUAAACAAAUAGCCCGUGUUCCGCAAACAAUAUUUAUUUUGCUCACGUACAGUUACAUUUUAGUGAGCCUCAACACAGUGUGGGAGAGGAUGGGACAGGUGUGGUCGUGCCAAACAAUUGAAACCAACAUAACUGAACUUGGCCUAACUAACUAACCUCUGAAAUCAAACAAACAAAAUGGCUUUGCUAGCUUAUCUAAAUGUACUCGACCAAAACCAAAUACAGAUGGGGCACCGACCAAUAAGCCUAGUGUAUCUAGACACAGAAAAUCAACUACAUUUGCGCCAAUGUAAAGGGUACUCCAGACUCACCUACUGUCCGCAACCUCUCCCGACAAACGGUAACCUGAAGUCUAGCUCGCAGCAUCGACAAUUGAAGACCAGACCCAGCUCAACUCCUGAGUCUUCCUGCUUUUCUCUUCGGCUCCCCAUCUGCCGAUUGGCCAGCCUGCAGUUGGUGCAACCCACCGAGUAGCACGACCGGCCCCCACAGGUGGAACCCAAUAAACUGAUUGCCAGGAUAGGAGACUCACUGAGGGGGAGAGAAAAAAGGAAGGGCAGGAGGGGAGAAAACACAACAUGUAAUACCCCCACCCAUAUAAGCUCAAACAUAAUGUUUGAUUCUACAGUGCACGCGACAAAGCAUCCGCAAGAACAUUUUCAGACCCCUUUUUAUGAAUGAUUUCUAGAUUGUAGUUUUGAAUGAUUAGAGACCAACGCAUAAGACGCUGGUUGUAGUUAUACAUCCUGGAGAUGAACACAAGUGGGUUAUGAUCGGUGAAAACUUUAAUAGGCUUAACACUUGACCCAAGGUAAACCUCAAAAUGUUGUAGGGCGAACAACAUUGCUCGAGCUUCGUUCUCUAUUGUGGAAUAUCUAAGUUGAUGUUUGUUGAACUUCCGGGAGAAGUAACUCACAGGAUGAUCGAUGCCCUGGUCAUCCUCUUGCAGAAGAACUGCCCCAGCUCCAACCGCACUGGCAUCAACUUCCAGUUUGAAAGGCGAAGAGAAAUCUGGGGCAGUCAGGACAGGAGUGCAACACAUUAUACUCUUAACACUUUCAAAAGACUGAUUGCACUCACUAGACCACACAAAGGGCUUCGCGGGACUGGUUAAAUCAGUCAGUGGGGCUGCUACAGAGGAGAGGUUUUUGCAGAACCGUCUAUAAUAUCCUGCCAUCCCAAGGAAACCGCGCAGCUCUCUCCUGGUGGUUGGUGCAGGAAAUGUCGCAAUGGCUGCGAUCUUGGCCUCCGCAGGACGAACCUGUCCUCGACCAACCUGCUGACCAUGAUAGAGAACAGUUCCUUUUCCAAACUCACAUUUGGCAAGAUUGAGUGUUAGGGAUGCAGUAGAAAGACGCUUGAAAACCUCUCUCAAUGUAGUCAUGUGACCAACCCAGUCAUCAGAAUAGACUACAAUAUCGUCAAGAUAUGCUCUGCAGUGUGGAACGUCUCCCAGUACUUCAUUUACUACCCUUUGGAAAGUAGCAGGAGCAUUACACAUACCAAAUGGCAUGACGGUAUAUUGUAAGAAACGAUCAGGUGUCACAAAGAGAAAGCCACUGUAGAAAGAAUUCGCCCAAAGGCAUGUGGGAGACUCCAAUGUCAAUUGGAAGAAGGUUCUUUGGUCUCAUGAGACAAAAAUGUAGCUUUUUGGCCAUCAGACUAGACGCUAUGUUUGGUGAACACCAAACACUGCACAUCACCACAAACGCACCAUGUCCACCGUGAAGCAUGGUGGUGGCAGCAUCAUGCUCUGUGGAUGCUUCUCAGCAGCAGACCCUGGGAGGCUUGUAAAGGUAGAGGGGAACAUGAAUGCAGAAAAAUAUCCACAAAUCCUGGAGGAUAAUCUGACUCAGUCUGCAAGAGAACUACGACUUGGGAGAAGAUUUAUUCUCCAGCAAGGCAACGACCCCAAGCAUACAGCAAAAGCUACACAGAAUGGUUCAAAGACCACAAGGUGAAUGUUCUGGAGUGGCCAAGUCAAAGCCCAGACCUCAAUCCAAUUGCAAAUUUGUGGCUGGACUUGAGAAGAGCUGUUCACGCCCGAUCCCUAAGUAGCCUGACAGAGCUUGAGCUGUUUUGACGAAGAAUAGAGAAAAAUCUUAGUGUCCAGAUGUGCCAGCCUGAGUGAGACAUAUCCACACACACUCAGUGCUGUGAUUGCAGCCAAAGGUGCAUU